AUGGCGACCACAUCUAAUAUGUUCUUGUAUUCUCUGAGUAUCCAGCCUCCAUCCACCAUCACGAGAGCUAUCCUUGGCCAGUUCUCAGGAACCAAGGAGCAACAGAUUGUUGCCGCAUCAGGCUCGCGGUUGACUCUCUAUCGCCCCGAUCCCACUCAGGGCAAGGUCGUCCCGCUUAUGUCGCAUGAUGUCUUUGGUAUUAUCCGAGAUCUGGCCUCGUUUCGUCUGGCUGGCAGCAGUAAAGACUAUUUAAUCAUCGCAAGCGACUCUGGUAGGAUUACUAUUGUCGAGUAUUUACCAGCACAGAACCGGUUCUCCAGGAUACAUCUCGAGACCUUUGGCAAGUCAGGAGUCCGACGCGUAGUUCCGGGCCAAUACCUCGCUGCCGAUCCAAAAGGUAGAGCAUGCCUGAUAGCUUCAGUAGAGCGCUGCAAGCUGGUCUAUGUGCUCAACCGCAAUUCUCAGGCCGAGCUGACCAUCUCAUCUCCGCUUGAGGCUCACAAAAAUGGCACGCUCACCCUCUCUCUGGUGGCUCUUGACGUUGGCUACUCGAACCCCGUCUUCGCCGCCCUCGAGGUUGACUACUCCGAAGUUGACCAAGAUCCAAAGGGUGACGCGGCCCAGAACGUGGAAACUGUUUUGAACUACUACGAGCUGGAUCUUGGACUAAACCACGUUGUGCGAAAGUGGUUCGACGUCGUCGACCCAACCGCCAGCAUGCUGUUCCAAGUCCCAGGAGGUAGCGAUGGGCCCAGUGGAGUCCUGGUAUGUGGCGAAGAAAACAUCACAUAUAGGCAUUCCAACCAGGACGCCUUCCGUGUUCCAAUACCAAGGCGCAAGGGUGCAACUGAAGAUCCCAAUAGGAAACGCAACAUCGUUUCUGGUGUAAUGCACAAACUCAAGGGAAGCGCCGGUGCAUUUUUCUUCCUGCUGCAGACCGAAGACGGAGAUCUAUUCAAAGUUACAAUUGAUAUGGUGGAAGAUGCAGAGGGAAAUCCGACUGGGGAAGUGAGUCGACUCAAGAUUAAAUAUUUUGACACCAUCCCCGUGUCCAACAACCUUUGCAUUUUAAAGAGCGGUUUCCUCUUCGUCGCCAGCGAAUUCGGCAAUCAUCUCUUCUACCAAUUCGAGAAACUCGGCGACGACGAUGAAGAGCUCGAAUUUUCCAGUAAUGAUUUCCCGGUUGACCCCAAGGAACCAUAUGAGCCCGUCUACUUUUACCCCAGGCCAACUGAAAACCUGGCCCUUGUCGAGAGCAUCGACUCAAUGAAUCCUUUGAUGGAUCUCAAGGUCGCCAACCUGACCGAGGAGGAUGCGCCUCAGAUAUACACGGUCAGCGGGAAAGGAGCCCGCAGUACCUUCCGUAUGCUCAAGCAUGGCUUGGAGGUCAACGAGAUCGUUGCGUCACAGUUACCAGGAACGCCCUCAGCGGUAUGGACUACCAAGCUACGUCGAGAUGACGAGUAUGAUGCGUACAUAGUCCUAUCCUUCACAAAUGGUACGCUGGUUUUAAGCAUCGGUGAGACGGUCGAGGAAGUCAGUGACACGGGCUUUUUGUCGUCCGUCUCUACCCUGGCCGUUCAACAGUUGGGCGACGAUGGGCUCGUCCAAGUACACCCCAAAGGAAUCCGUCACAUUCGCAAUGGUGUUGUCAACGAAUGGUCAUCCCCACAACACCGCUCUAUAGUUGCCGCUGCGACCAACGAAAGGCAGGUCGCUGUUGCUUUGAGCAGUGGUGAAAUUGUCUACUUCGAAAUGGAUACAGAUGGCUCCCUGGCGGAGUAUGACGAGAAGAAAGAGAUGUUUGGCACUGUGACCAGUUUGAGCUUGGGCGAGGUUCCCGAAGGGCGUCUUCGAAGCUCGUACCUGGCGGUCGGCUGUGAUGACUGCACAGUAAGAAUUCUGAGCCUUGACCCGGAGUCGACUCUGGAGAGCAAGUCAGUACAAGCACUCACGGCAGCCCCGUCGGCUCUGUCAAUAAUGUCGAUGGAGGACUCAUCUUCUGGCGGCACGACGCUCUAUCUUCAUAUCGGUCUGAACUCUGGUGUUUACCUGCGCACCGUGCUAGAUGAAGUAACGGGGGAACUUACAGACACACGACAAAAGUUCUUGGGGCCAAAGGCCGUAAGACUAUUCCAAGUCUCCGUACAGAAAAGGACCUGCGUGCUUGCUCUCAGUUCAAGGUCAUGGCUUGGAUUCUCCGACCCAGUCACCAAGGGUUUCACCAUGACACCUUUAGAUUAUGAAGAACUUGAAUGGGGGUGGAACUUUGUGAGCGAGCAGUGCGAGGAGGGCAUGGUCGGCGUCAAUGGCCAGUUUCUCAGAAUCUUUGCCAUCGAGAAACUUGGAGACAACAUCAUUCAGAAGUCCAUCCCCUUGACAUACACGCCACGGAAACUGGCUAAACACCCCACUCAGCGCAUAUUCUAUACCAUCGAGGCAGACAACAACACUUUGCCACCCGAACUGCGAGAGCAACUCAUGGCAGCGCCAACGGCUGUAAACGGCGACGCCAGGGUACUUCCUCCAGAGGAAUUCGGAUACCCUCGCGGAAAUGGUCGGUGGGCCUCCUGCAUCAGUGUUGUUGAUCCACUUGGUGACGGAGAAGAGCUGGAGCCAGGUGUUGUGCAAAGAAUUGAUCUCGACAACAACGAGGCGGCGGUGAGUAUGGCUGUCGUGUCUUUUGCGUCUCAGGACGGCGAGAGUUUCCUUGUCGUCGGUACUGGCAAGGACAUGGUAGUCAACCCACGACGCUUCAGCGAAGGCUACAUUCACGUUUACCGCUUCUCGGAGGAUGGGCGUGAGCUAGAGUUCAUUCACAAGACCAAAGUCGAAGAGCCACCCACAGCUCUCCUGCCGUUUCAGGGGAGACUUGUCGCCGGUAUUGGUCGUAUGUUGAGGAUAUAUGACCUCGGUCUCCGGCAGUUGCUCCGCAAGGCACAAGCAGAAGUGGCGCCGCAGCUCGUCGUAUCCUUGAACACCCAAGGCAGCCGCAUCAUUGUCGGUGACGUGCAGCACGGCUUGAUCUAUGUCGCCUACAAGAGCGAAACCAACAGGCUAAUCCCGUUUGCUGACGACACCAUCGCAAGAUGGACAACCUGCACAACCAUGGUUGACUACGACUCCACGGCGGGUGCAGACAAGUUUGGGAAUCUCUGGAUCUUGCGAUGUCCCGAAAAGGCCAGCCAAGAGUCGGACGAACCAGGCUCCGAGGUGCAUCUUGUUCACAGCAGGGACUACCUCCACGGUACAUCCAACCGCCUGGCUCUCAUGGCUCACGUUUACACACAAGACAUACCUACGAGCAUCUGCAAGACAAACUUGGUGGUUGGUGGGCAGGAAGUGCUGCUUUGGGGCGGCUUCCAGGGUACUAUCGGCGUGCUGAUACCUUUCGUCAGUCGUGAGGAUGCCGACUUCUUUCAAAGUCUCGAACAGCAUCUUAGGAGUGAAGAUCCGCCGUUGGCAGGGAGAGAUCAUCUCAUGUACAGGGGCUAUUACGUGCCUGUCAAGGGUGUUAUCGACGGUGAUCUAUGUGAAAGGUACACUCUGUUGCCUAAUGACAAGAAACAGAUGAUCGCCGGCGAACUCGAUCGCUCUGUUAGAGAGAUUGAGCGCAAGAUCUCGGACGUUCGCACUCGUUCCGCUUUCUAA